CGUGUCAGAAAAAAUCACUCGAUCGGAUUGAAUUGCAUUCUACCCUGCAAGAGAACAUCUUACCGGCACAAACGAUCAACAAUAUUAUUGUUUUUUUGAUCCUUCGGCUCCAUCAUGAUGGGAUUUUUACGUACCUCCACUGUAACGGCUGUGUUGCUUUUGGCCGUCUCGACCAAUGCAUUGCUGACGCCCACUCGCCAAUCCAUCCCCUCGUCUUCGUCGCUGAUUCCCGGCAGCAAGAAUUCUCUGGUAUCCUCGACGACCACCCGCCUCGGAAACGAUGCCGCCAGUGCAGCGGCCGAGCUGCCUCGGGGAGGCGCCGCCGAAAAAUCGCAGGGCGGCGGGACCGCCACCAUUCCGAACGAGGUCUUCAAUCUCAUUAAGAGCAUCGUCGGGGCAGGAGUCUUGAGUCUCCCGGCAGGCAAGUCAUUGGAUAAUGUGCUUGCAAACAAAACAGGAACGGCAAUCGGACAGGGACGGACGGGGAUCCAUCGCAAAAAUUCGGAACGAGUCGAUCUAUUGUCGAAGGAAAUCAGCAAACACCCUGUCGGUUUCUAAACUUUUAAUUUGUUCUUUUCUCUCUUCUUUUUUCUUCUACUGUGGUCUAUGCAACAGGUGUUGUCGCCUUUGGAAAUGCUCCGUCCGCAAUGAUUCCGGCCGUUGCUCUCAUUGCUGUCAUGGGUGUUAUCUCGGCCUAUACCUUUGCGUUGAUCGGACGAGUUUGUCAAAAAACCAACACCAUGUCGUAUGCCGAUGCAUGGGACGAGACGGUUGGGAAAUCCACCUCCUGGAUCAUUGCCAUGUCAUGCUUCAUCGAUUGCUGGUUUGGAAAUUUGUCCUACAGCAUGAUUCUUGCGGACACCAUCAGCAACCUGUUGGCCAGUAUCGGCAUUGCCGCCACCCGAACGCAAUCUCUCUUGGGAGUCACUGGAGUCGUCCUUUUGCCGCUGUGCCUGAUGAAGAACCUUGCCUCCCUUGCUCCCUUCUCUCUUAUUGGAAUCAUCGGUAUGCUCUACACAACUCUCGCCAUGGCGAUCCGAUACUUCAGUGGGGCCUACGCACCGGGUGGGAAAUUCGUCGCCACGGCUCUGGCGGCGCCCGCCUUCGGCACCGCCGGUGCGGCGGCCGCAUUGAGCGCCAAAACCUUGAUCUUGACGUCGAUGCUUUCCAAUGCCUACAUUGCCCACUUUAACGCACCGAAAUACCUCGCCGAAUUGAAGAACAACACGAUGGGCCGAUUUACGCAGGUGAUUGCCUGGAGUUUCGGGUCGUCGGUGGCACUCUACUCGAUCAUUACCGCUCUGGGAUUCUUGACGUUUGGCUCUGUCUCCAAUGGACUGAUUUUGAACAAUUACUCGACACAAGAUCUUCUCAUGAGCUUCUCCCGCGUUGCUGUCGGCCUAAGUGUCACGGGAUCCUACCCGCUUCUGUUUGACGGAACCCGAGACGGACUCCUGGAUCUGUUCAAGGUACCAAAGGAAAAGAGGACAAACUCACUCUUCAACAAGGUCACGCUAGGAGUUCUAGCGGGAACCACACUGGUAGCAUCCAAGCUCACCGACCUGGGAUUGGUAGCGAGCGUUGGUGGAGCUACCUUCGGCACAGCGUUGGUGUUCAUAUACCCAACCAUCAUGUUCCUCAAGAGCCAAAAGGGGGAGAAGACCAAGGAGACAACUUUGGCAAAGAUGAUUGCUAUUCUUGGAGUCGUCAUGGGAGCCCUUGGUACUAAAUUGGCCUUGGAUUAAUACGAUUGGUUUUAUUGGAUUUGGAAAAAUAAUUGGUAUUAGCUACUGUAUCAAUAUGCUAAUUUUCCAUAAUGCAGUGAUGACGACAGCAAAGUGAAUGAUAUGUUUUUAUGUACUUCUACCCAUAUUAGGAUCUUCCCCCUACUAAUAGUGCUGCUGUAGUAUGUAUUUGGAUAAAUCCUGUGUUACCUG